AUGAACGCAUUUAAUGCAAAUUUUGGCCAGGAUGAAGGCGUAGCUCGACGAGGUGCGGCACCGCGGGCCAAUAUGGAACGCGGUGACUGGCAUCGGUCCGAUGAGGAGUCCGACGACGAUGAGCCGGAUAUGAUGGAUCCGGUAAUCGCCGCCUCAUCGGACGAGGAGAACGAUGAGGACGUAGAGGACAGUGGCUACGGGUCAGAAGAGAGCGAGGCAGAGUCGGCUGUGAAUCCGGGCCACCAGGAGGAGGAAGAAGACGACGAGAUGUGGAGAGAGCUGGACGAGGCGGUAGCCAUGAUGGAGAACGAAGUGGCGGAUGAAGCUAGCAGCGGCCGAAGCAGCCCAAAUGAGUAUGCGCCGUGGGAUCAGGAAGAAAUACCUGAGCCACCGGCACAAGCAUGGGAGCCAGCACGGCCGCCGACGCCGUUUCGUAUGGUGGACUACAUGUCCGAAGCCAGCGAAUCGGAAGAGGAGGCCGUGGAGGGUGUGGGUGAGGCUGAAGGAGUGGCCAGCCAAACGCCUGGAAAUGUCGAAAAUGUGGUGCCAGGCGACGCAU